ACUUUAUAAUAAAAUUUUCAAGAAUUAUAUAGAUCCCCAGUUGAAAUUCCAAACAGAGCCUUCAUUUCGUCAUUCACACCUGGGAUAUCGGAGAUAAGUUGCUCACUCCCUUUCCCUUAUAUAAAUAACUGAGAUUAUUACAGUUUUGGUCGGAAAUUGCAGAUUACUCUCCGCCUAAUUAGACACUAAUUGCCUGAGCUUUCACAAAAUCCAUGGGGAUUCCAUCUUUAGUUCUUGUUGUGCCUUUAAUUUUAUCCUCACUAUUCUUGUCUUCAGCUUAUGAUACUCUAAGCAAAGACUCAUCUUUAUCAGUAGAGAAUGCAAAUGAUGUUUUGAUAUCGCCAGGCGGCACUUUCAUUGCCGGAUUCUUCCCCGUCGGCGAGAACGCUUACUGCUUUGCCAUAUGGUUCAGUGAAGCCUUCUGCAAUAAUAAUUGCACUGUAGUGUGGAUGGCAAAUCGUGACCAACCAGUUAAUGGGAAAAGUUCAGAGCUCUCUCUACUAAAAUCCGGUAAUCUUGUCCUAACUGAUGCUGGGUCAGUUACAGUUUGGGCUGCGGACACUGUUUCAGAAUCUCCGGUGCACUUGUACCUUCAGGACAGUGGCAAUCUUGUACUGCAGAACUUGGAAGGCGGCGUUCUUUGGCAAAGCUUUGAUUUUCCGACAAAUACUCUACUUCCUCUGCAGAUGCUAGCCAAAAGUAGGCGGCUUGUGUCGUCAAGAAGUGAAAGCAACUAUAGUUCGGGAUUCUUUAAGCUUUACUUCGAUAACGAUAAUGUUCUUCGACUACUGUACGAUGGCCCUGAUACUUCAAGCAUUUAUUGGCCAGAUCCUGAGCUUUUGAGCUGGGAAGCUGGGAGAUCUACUUACAACAGCAGUAGAACUGCAAGUUUUGAUUCUUUGGGCAAUUUCAGUUCAUCAGAUGAUUUCAAUUUUAUGUCAGCAGAUUAUGGGGUGAAAAUCCAGAGAAGAUUGACCAUUGAUUUCGAUGGUAAUCUUCGAUUGUACAGUCGAAAAGAUUGGAACGAUACGUGGACUGUUUCAUGGCAAGCCAUGUCUGAACCUUGCAGGAUUCAUGGAAUUUGUGGACCUAACAGUAUCUGCAAAUAUGUUCCUAUCUCUGGUAGGAAAUGUUCCUGCCUUCAAGGAUUCAAGAUGAAGGAUGCAAGUGACUGGUCUUUGGGUUGUGAACCAGAAUUCAAUCUUUCAUGUUCAGCAAAUGAGACAACUUUUGUCCGACAAACACAUGUCGAAUUUUACGGCUAUGACUUCGCAUUCUUUUCAAAUUACACAUUAGAUAUGUGUGAAAAUCUAUGCUCUCAAAGAUGUGAUUGCAAAGGAUUCCAAUUCAAGUUCAUCAAGCAUGAUUAUCCCAGUAAUAUUCCUUACUGUUUCACAAAGACCCUUUUGCUAAACGGGCGUCUUUCGCCGAAUUUCGAAGGAGAUCUUUACUUGAAAGUGCCAAAAACAAGUCCUGUCUCCCCGCCUGUAGAAGAAUCCGGACUAAGUUGCUCCGGCGAAGUUGCCAAGCUACUUGACAGAGAAUAUGCAGAACACCAUGAAAAUGGAUCCCUUAAGUUUGUCCUUUGGUUUGCUUGGACCAUUGGAGCAAUUGAGUUCUUCUGUAUUUUCUUAGUAUGGUGUUUCUUGAUCAGAACCCACCAGAACACAGGAGCAGUUAAGCUAGGUUAUCUUCAAAUAGCAACAGGCUUCAGAAAGUUCACCUACGCCGAGCUGAAAAAGGCGACAAGGGGUUUCAGGGAAGAAAUCGGAAGAGGAGCAGGAGGAGUUGUAUACAAAGGCAUAUUAUCUGAUCAUAGAGUUGCAGCAAUAAAGAGAUUGAUCAAUGAAGCUAACCAAGGAGAAGAAGAAUUCCAGGCAGAAGUUAAUGUAAUUGGGAAGCUUAAUCACAUGAACUUGAUAGAAAUGUGGGGAUAUUGUGCAGAAGGAAAGCACAGGCUUCUAGUUUACAGCUACAUGGAGAAUGGAUCCUUAGCAGAAAAUCUUUCUUCCAACAACCUUGAUUGGCAAAAGAGAUUUAAUAUUGCCUUUGGCACAGCCAAAGCUCUUGCUUAUUUGCAUGAAGAGUGCCUAGAAUGGGUUCUACAUUGUGAUGUGAAGCCUCAAAACAUACUCUUAGACUGUGAUUACCAGCCAAAGGUCUCAGAUUUUGGCCUAUCUCAUCCACUGAGAGACAGCCAUGAAAUUUCAAAGCUUUCAAGGAUAAGAGGAACCAGAGGCUACAUUGCUCCAGAGUGGGUAUUGAAUCUGCCCAUCACGUCUAAAAUAGAUGUUUAUAGCUAUGGAAUGGUGUUGUUGGAGAUUGUAACUGGAAAGAGCCCAAUGGAAGAUAUAGAAGAUAGAAGGCUGGUUUCAUGGGUGAAAGAAAAGAUUAAAGGAGCUAAUGCUAUGGAUUUGAGGUUGGAAAAGAUUGUAGACACUAAAUUGGAUGGAAAAUAUGAUAAAACCCAGAUGAAAAUUCUUGUUGAUGUGGCCUUGAGUUGUGUUAAUGAAGACAAAGAUGUAAGACCAACCAUGAAACAAGUUGUUGAGAUGCUUCUGCAAUCUACCAUGCAAUAUUGACUGGCUGUAUUUUCUAUUUGUGUCCGUAGAUUAUGUGAGCAUGUUUCUAGAGCAAUUCUACUUACAUCAGGGAUUUAUAUAGCAAUCUUAAAUAAUCAUU